AUGUCUUCCUCACCACUCUUAAAUCCAAGUCUACCUAGUUCCUCCUCCUCGUCGGUCAAUGUUUCUACUUCCGCACUGGAUAAGUAUAGAAAAAAAGACACAAGUAAAGUCGUAGUGCGGUUUAGAGCUAUUGGAAAUGCGCCUAUUCUUAAGCAGAAUUUUUACAAAAUAACCGCCUCGAACAAGUUCCAAGCUGUGAUUCAGUUUCUUAGAAAGGAACUUCAAUACAAGACUGAGGACCCGCUGUUCCUAUACGUCAACAGCGCGUUUUCGCCCGCUCCUGAUGAGAUAGUUGCCAAUCUACACAAGUGCUUUAAUACAGACGGUCAUUUAAUAAUAAAUUACUGUUUGGGUGCUGCAUGGGGUUGA